CCUGAAGGAAAUGCUUUUCUUCUAGGUAUACUGCAGCAUCCGGAUGGGACUGUGCUGAAGCAAUUGCAGCCACCACCUCGUGGUCCCAGGGAGCAAGAGUUCUACAACAAGGUUUAUGACUCCGACUGUUGCGACAGCAUUCUUCUGGAGCUGCGGGAAUAUCUGCCAAAAUACUUCGGUGUCUGGUCACCACCUACUGCACCAAAUGAUACGUAUCUAAAACUGGAAGAUGUGACCCGUAAGUUUAAUAAGCCUUGCAUAAUGGAUGUAAAAAUAGGUCAGAAAAGUUAUGAUCCGUAUGCUUCAGCUGAGAAGAUACAGCAGCAGGUCAGCAAAUACCCGCUGAUGGAAGAGAUUGGCUUUUUGGUACUGGGCAUGAGGGUUUACCAUGUCUCUUCUGACAGCUAUGAGACGCAAAACCAGCACUAUGGAAGGAGCUUGACAAAGGAAACAGUAAAGGAUGGCAUCUCAAAGUUUUUCCACAAUGGGUACUGCUUGAGAAAAGAUGCGAUAGCUGCCAGCAUUCAGAAGAUUGAAAAGAUUUUGGCGUGGUUUGAGGGCCAGAAGCAACUCAACUUUUAUGCGAGCUCAUUACUGUUUGUUUAUGAAGGUUCAUGUCAGGCAACAACUGUGCGGUUGAGUGAUGUCACCUUGGCAGAGAAGAGAGGAGUGCCCAAAGGGCUGUUAUCAAGCGGAGACAUACUGGAGUAUAAUAAUAAUAUUCAUGUAAUAAAUUCUACAGAGAAUGGAAAAAUUGAGGCCUCUGUAAGUAAAGGUUUGUCCAAAUUUUAUGCACUUCACAAAAAGGCAUACUCGAAGAGGCACCACAGUCAACUCUCAUUAAAAGUUGAAAACUUGGAGCAAGGCAACGUGUGGAAAAGCAGCACGUGCAUUACACAGGAGCAUCUGAACGGAAACGUUAUACCCCAACUGGAAAAAGUUUUCUGCCACAUGCCAGCAGAGAUCAAGGAGAGUGCAAAUGUGGAAGUCCGAAUGAUAGAUUUUGCUCAUGUGUUUCCUAGCAACACGAAGGAUGAGGGCUACAUUUAUGGUCUGAAGAAUUUAAUCACAGUACUUCAAAAUAUUUUGGAUAACUAAAUUCUUUGCUAUGUUUUUUACUGGGGGCCAAUGAUAAAGAAGAGCAACAACAUGAAGAAUUUCUGCACUUGUAAUGCUGUAUAACUGGGUUUGUAUUGUUCUAUAUUUUAUUUGUCUUUGUACUUUUGGUAGAAGGGUUUAACUUUUUAUAAUCUCACUCAGGAAAAUAAUUGAUAGUUAAUUAAGGAGUGUGAAAGGAUGAAGAUAUUUGAGAUUAAGCAGGAUAGGUAUAUUAGUAGAACGAAAUGUAUAUGGUUGGCUGAAGUCCAAGGAGUACAGUUGUAAAAUAAGCAGGGGUUAUGUUAGUUCCCGUAACGACUUUAGCGUAGAUAACAUUUGCCCACUUAGCCUUGACACUGAGCCGUAUCUACAUUAACAGGUUUUUAGAAAAUGGACUGAAAACUCUCUUAAGGUGCAGGAUUGAUGUCCUCAGUACUGCCCCCUUGUGUUUACUGUAUUUAAAUAACUGGAGUUAACCCCACUUUGAAAUCCCCUUUGGAGUCAGUAGUCUAACCUGGAAGCCAGUGUAUCAAAAAGUGCUUGUCAGUGUCACGGGAGGGAGGAUGUUGCUGUUUUUUCAGCCCCGGUGUGGGCACUUCCCCUGUCCAAGGCCGAUGCUCACCACAGGCGAGCUACAACAUGAUUUGUGCUGGGGUGCUAAGAAAAUGCUGGAGUAAAAUAUUGUAACAAGCUUACACUGCACAACUGCUAGGGAAACUGUUUGUUGCUAAGAAAGAGUGAAAGAAUACAAAUGCGAGAUGUUCCAGGAACUAAUUUGGUUUAGGAGGUUCAGUCUGUUAAUGGAGUGUCUGAUGUUGUGACUAAGGCAAAUGCCUCACUCCUUUGUUCUGAUGGCCCUUCUCCAAAAACAUGGCUUUUAAAAGCAAACUAAUUGAAUGGGGAAACAAAGCGUUUUGAGUGGGCAUACAGAGAUUUCCUCUAGCUGUCGGCCGCUUGUGUUUUUGCAACAAGCGUUUCAUGUUCCCACUGCUGGGGAGCACCAACUGGAAACGAGGAGCAAUACAGGUGAAGGACCCUUCACUGCCAAGAUCAAGUUCAGCCCUGGAGCAGCCAGAUGUGCCUCCAUUUGCUGCAGUGGAGUUGUGGCUCUUACCCUGGGCUAAACCCGGCUCUUUUUUUUUUU